AAAAUUGAAUUCUGUCAGUUAAAACCCCGGGGUAACGAUAAUAACUUAUUGGUGGUGGCCACGCGGUGACAUAUUCUACUGUUGGUGCCAAUUUCGAAACUCCUUUUCGUUUCCGGACGCAUGCGCAAAGCCCCCCCCAAGGGUUACUUAGGGUUUCUAAGCAAAACGCAUUCUUUAACUCGGGCCUUUUACGUCUCACAUUUCCACUCGCUUCUCUUUCUUCGCUUCCUCACUUCUAAAACACCACCACUCCGUACCACUUCCUCGCCUCGGUUUCAAGUCGAUCGUUUCCUUUCCCACCGUCACACUCUUUAGGUCUCCUCGGCGUUCCUGGUCAAUACACAGUACUUCUCCCUCCCAUAAGACCGAAGCAUUUCCCACGAAACCUCGAGUCGCCAUCCAAACAAUGAACUUCUAGUCUGUUAUCUUGCACUACGCUUGUCUCGCUCGUCACACCUCUCAUAUCGACAUGGGUGUCAUCGAAGGCAGCGGCCUGGCGCCGCAACAAUCACAAUUGCCGCACAUGGCGACCACUACACUAAAGGUGGAUGGCAUGACAUGCGGCGCUUGUACUUCCGCCGUGGAGUCUGGAUUUCAAGGAGUUGACGGCGCUGGCGCUGUCUCUGUUAGUUUAAUGAUGGGAAGAGCCGUGGUACAUCAUGAUCCAGAAAAGUUGUCCGCGGAAAAGAUCGCGGAAAUCAUUGAAGAUCGUGGAUUCGACGCCGAAGUCCUUACCACCGACGUACCUCUAUCAGAUAAUGCGCCAGCCAAAGCAUCGAGCGUCUCAAAAUCUCAGACCACGGUCACCACAAUAUCAGUACAAGGAAUGACAUGUGGUGCCUGCACUUCCGCUGUGGAGGCCGGGUUCAAAGAUGUUCCGGGUGUCAAGAGCAUGAGCAUAUCGCUACUCGCCGAGCGUGCAAUUGUCGAGCACGAUGCUAGCAUAAUUGGCGCCGAUGCCUUGGCGGAAAUUAUCGAAGACCGUGGUUUUGAUGCCACGAUCAUGGACUCGAAGGUACAGGAGGCAAAGAAAGAUGCAAACAACACUAAAGAGCAAGGGCCAAGCACAUGGACAACCACUGUUGCUAUCGAAGGCAUGACUUGUGGAGCGUGUACUUCCUCGGUGGAAGGCGCUUUCAAGAACGUUCCGGGCUUAGUUCGAUUCAACAUUAGUCUGCUUGCCGAACGAGCAGUCAUUUCUCAUGAUCCAGAGGCGUUGCCUGCGGAGAAGAUUGUGGAACUCAUUGAAGACGCAGGUUUUGACGCAAAGGUUGUGUCUUCGCAGGCUGAGGCGGCGUCGCAAGGCGCAUCCUCUGCCACGCAACAACUCAAGAUCUAUGGCCUGCCUGAUGGCAAGACUGCCACUGAACUGGAGGAUGCGUUGAGGUCCAAAGCCGGCAUAAAGAAUGCCGUAAUCAGCCUGUCCACCUCACGAGCCAAUGUCACCUACGAUCCCGCACUAAUCGGUCUUCGAGCGAUCGUCGGAGUCGUUGAAGCGGCCGGCUUCAAUGCCCUUGUCGCUGAUUCAGAGGACAACAACGCUCAACUGGAGUCUCUGGCAAAGACGAAAGAGAUUCAGGAGUGGAGGAGAGCGUUCUUGACGUCCGUGGGCUUUGCAGUUCCGGUCUUCCUAAUCAGCAUGAUUAUACCCAUGUUUUUGCCUGCGUUGGAUUUUGGCUCCUUUCAACUGAUACCCGGUUUGUUUUUGGGGGAUAUUGUUUGCGGCGCAUUGACGUUUCCUGUUCAAUUCGGCAUCGGAAAGCGAUUCUAUGUUUCGGCCUACAAAAGUUUGAAGCAUAGAUCCCCGACCAUGGACGUUUUGGUGGUUCUGGGCACUUCAGCAGCUUUCUUUUUCAGCUGCUUUGCGGUUAUCGUCGCGGUUUUGAUACCGCCUCACAACAAGCCUGGCACUGUCUUCGACACAAGUACCAUGCUGAUCACGUUCAUUACACUGGGCAGAUGGCUGGAGAACCGCGCCAAAGGUCAAACCUCGAAAGCAUUGUCCGCCCUGAUGUCUCUGGCUCCAAGUAUGGCAACCAUUUACGAAGAUCCUUUGUAUGCAGAAAAGUUGGCCGCUAACUGGAGCGCACCCUCAUCGCCCGUCUUGGAGAAGACACCAACGAAUGAGAAGUUCAACAGAUUGCCUGCUGCACCUUCUGGACCAGCCGCGAUUGAGAAAAUGAUCCCCACUGAAUUGAUUGAAGUGGGCGAUGUGGUCAUUCUCCGACCAGGUGAUAAAGUGCCUGCGGAUGGAAUAGUCACCAGAGGCGAAAGUUUUGUUGAUGAAAGCAUGGUCACCGGUGAAGCCAUGCCAAUCUCCAAGAAGAAGGGCAGUGUUCUUAUGGCGGGAACAGUCAACGGAGCUGGCAAGCUCGAUUUCAAGGUCUCUCGUGCUGGUAAGGAUACACAACUGAGUCAGAUUGUGACACUGGUGCAAGAAGCACAGACGAGUCGAGCACCGAUUCAACGUAUGGCAGAUCUCGUUGCUGGCUAUUUCGUCCCAGUCAUCAUUCUGCUGGGCCUCAUCACCUUUAUCGGCUGGAUGGUGCUCAGCCACACUCUCCCGAACCCGCCAAAGAUCUUUAUCGACAAGCAAAGCGGAGGAAAGUUUAUGGUCUGCCUCAAACUCUGCAUCUCAGUCAUUGUUUUUGCUUGCCCUUGUGCCCUAGGCUUGGCCACACCCACCGCAGUCAUGGUGGGAACGGGUACUGCAUCACAACAGGGAAUACUCGUCAAGGGUGGCGCUGCUUUGGAGACGGCUACCCGCAUCACCCAUCUCAUCUUUGACAAAACCGGAACACUCACUUUCGGCAAGCUCAAAGUUGCAGACAAGAAGAUUGAACCUCUCUGGAGUUCCAAUGAGUGGAGGACCAAGGUCUGGUGGACUUUGGUUGGACUGGCUGAGUCAGGUUCUGAACAUCCUAUUGCUAAGUCAGUCCUCGCGGCAGCUCGGGAACAUCUUGAUCUUGAGCCCGAUGAGCAAUUUCCUGGUCAAGUUGGAACCUUUGGCGUGACCGUCGGUCAAGGUGUGUCGGCUGUCAUCGAAUUGGAGACCCCUGGAGAUCAAACAGGAUAUAAGGUAUAUGUGGGCAACGCCAAAUUUCUCCACAACAAGAAGAUCGAGAUCCCCUCGGAAGUCGAGAACUCGGUCAGCUCAGCCAUGUCUCCCACAACUCGAAAGAAGUCCAAGACUGGUAUUACCACGGUUUAUGUUGCUAUCAAUGGUCAGUUUGCCGGUACAAUCGGACUUUCGGAUACUCUGAAACCUACUGCUCCGGCGGCCGUCGCAGCUCUACACAAGAUGGGGAUCAGCACGUCUUUGGUCACUGGAGACACAUACAACACAGCUCUAAACAUCGCGCAACUCGUGGGCAUCCCACCAGACUCGAUCCGGGCAUCUGUCUCGCCCGGUGAAAAACAGUCCAUCGUGGCAGAACUACAGUCCCAAGGCGAGAUUGUAGCCAUGGUUGGCGACGGUAUCAACGACUCACCAGCUCUUGCAACUGCUAAUGUCGGUGUCGGUCUGGUAUCUGGAAGUGACAUCGCCGUUGAAGCUGCCGACAUUGUCAUCAUGCGAUCUGAUGACCUUCUCAACAUCCCUGCUGCAUUAUAUCUGUGCAGAGUCAUUUUCCGCCGCAUCAAGAUGAAUCUUAUUUGGGCUUGCGCGUACAAUGUCAUUGGUCUGCCUUUUGCCAUGGGAAUCUUUUUGCCUUUGGGCUAUCAUAUGCCGCCCUUGAUGAGCGCGACAGCCAUGAUGUUCAGCAGUAUCAGCGUCACCUUGUCGAGUCUUGCGCUCAGAUGGGCGGGUAGGCCGAAGUGGCUGACUGUUGAGUCUAUGGAGAUGGAGAGUCCAAAGCUCGCUGUGCCGGUCAUUGGACAAAGGAAGAGGCCAAACAUCGUUGGCAGAGUCGUCGAGGCUGUGUCUUCCUUGUUUGACGGCGCGCUCAUCAAGAGGAGAGCUCUUCAGGAGGGCAACAGAGGAAGUUACGUUCCUCUUACAAACGUGGAGCCUGUAUAAGCUUCUUGAUUGUCUGAAUUUAAUAGCGUUUGAGUUGUAAACGUAUACUAUACUAUACUGUACUAUCUACUAUCUAUAUUCAGCAUGGUAAAUGUGUCAGAUAUCAUCUUGCAAUGUGCAGUUACAUGUUUGUUGGUCUCGCCAAUUGACAGUUUUUGUU